AUGUGGCAAGUCCCCUAUUCCCAGGCAUCGCAACGGACCGAGGAUCUAACAUCACUCAGCAAACACAUUCUCAACGCCCAGGUCGCGAUCCGCUCGCCAUGCUGCAAGAAAUGGUUCGACUGUGCCGACUGCCACCACGAGCAGGAGUCGCAUCCGCUCCAGCAGACGCUCGAGAUGGUGUUUGCGUGCAAAAAGUGCCGAAAGUGCUUCCGCAAGGACGCACAAGAGUUUGAGGAGAGCGACGAGUACUGCCCGCACUGCGACAACCACUUUGUCAUCGACGCCAAGACCCCAAAAGCGGCCUUGUCGGUAGAAAGCGAGGAUACGCGCAUGGACAACAGAAUGCUCAAGGACGAGCGUGUCAAGGACGACAAGCAGAGGACGAUAUUCGAUCCCUCUGAGGAAGCAGACAGGCUUGGUUGA